CUGUCAUUUCUUGUCAUUUCUUAGACUCUAUUGUGCAGGAGACAAGCCACUAAUUGGUGUAAGCAAGAUGACAACAAAACCACCAGUCAAUGGUGUGUUGGAUGUAAUACUCCAGAACUGCAAGAGAUAUGGAGACAAGCCUGCACUGCAUUGGCUCAACAAAGAUGGGGAGGUUGUGCAGACUCUGACAUACAGUGAGAUCGAGGAACAAACUCUAAGGACAGCUGAAGGCCUUUUGGAUCUGCUGAGCAACUACGAUUUGAGAGCAGGACAGAAGCAGUGCGCUGUGCUCUGCUACCCCCCUGGACUAGAGUUCAUACUGACUUUCAUCUCCUGCCUCAGAGCUGGGCUGAUUGCAGUUCCAGUAUGUUCUCCCAGCAAACAUGACUCUGUCUACACCACCACCACUCUCAACAAGAUCACGUCAGACUGCUGUGCUGUGAUUGGGCUCACCAGCAAAAAGUUUUGUGAAGACCCUGUCAUUGCUGAGAUGAUGGGUACCAUAGCCUUACCUUGGCAUUGCGAGUUGAUCAUUGAUGACAAGAUUAACGAGGAGGGGCUACCCCUAAGCUCAGAGGGCGGGGAAGAAAAGAGCAAGAUGGACAAGUGCUCCCUAGAAGAUGUGAUUAUGCUGCAAUACACAUCUGGUUCCACAGGUAAUCCUAAAGGAGUCAUAAACACAAACAAAAGUCUCCUUCACAAUCUUGAACUAGUGAAAUCAAUCACCAAAACAAAUGACCAAACCAUUGAGCUCAGUUUCCUCCCACACUAUCACGACUUUGGUUUAUUCUGCAGCUACCUACAACCUUUGUACUGUGGGGCUACUGGAUACUUCAUGUCUCCUCUUACAUUUCUCCAAAAACCAGGCCAAUGGAUCAGAAGCAUCUCCAAGUUCAAGGCUACCCAUUCGCAAGUUCCAAACUUUGCACUAGAGCUCGUUAUGCAAAAAGGCUAUCCACAAGACGUCGAUUUGAGCUCCUUGCAGCACAUCUCAAUUGGUUCAGAGCCAAUCUAUCCAGACGCAAUCCACAGAUUUGAAAACGAGUUAGCACCUUUCGGCCUGAGAAAGAACACAGUGAGAGCAGUGUACGGUCUGUCUGAGCACACAGCGUGUGUAUGCGGAGUGACUGACGGGCAGGACCCUCUCGUUAUCAAGGGCCGUAUCAGCUGUGGGGGGUCUCCACCAGGAGUGACAGUGAGAAUAGUGUACCCUGAUACUCGGACGGAGGUGGGAGAGGGAGAGGAAGGAGAGGUGUGGGUGAACAGCCCCUCCAAGGCACUCGGCUACUGGAACAAGGCCAAAGAAACUCAGAGGAUGUUUGAAGCAGAGCUGGUUAAUGAUGCUGGAAAACACUACCUAAGAACAGGUGAUCUUGGCUUCAUGAGUAAUGGCCAGCUGUUCAUAUCGGGGCGAAUCAAAGACGUCAUCGUGAUGUACGGUCGAAAAAUCCACCCCAGCGAUAUCGAGAUGAGCAUGGAAUCACAAUUCAAAUUUCUCAGACCAGGAAAAACAGUUGCCUGCGAAUAUUCUGAUGGAAAAACUGGAGUGGCCUAUAUCGCUGAGCUAAACACAGACAGUGUAACAGCUGAGCUAAACACAGACAGUUUAACAGCUGAGCUACAUUCCUACUCCAUGCAAAUAGCAACACAAAUUAGCUUACAGUUCCAAGUGAACACCACGCUGGUUGCAUUCGUACAACAUGACUCAAUGCCGAGUACCACGUCUGGUAAGAAACAACGGUCACUUUGCAAGACAAAACUACUCGAAAACUCACUUCCCGCAGUAUUUAGAUGGGCACCUUCCGUUGAGAAUGAUGCAAAAUCCAAAGCAAGUUCACCAACUGAAUUGAGCACUACAGCGAAACGAACGCAAGUGAGCCCCAAAGCCAACAAAUUAUUGCCACUGAAUACAACAUUCUCUGAAAAACAAGAGCCUAAACCAACUGAAUGGAAAGGACGUCAGAAUGUCACUCCAACCGAUCUGUUCAAGCAGUUCAACUGUGAGCUUGAGGAAGACAGCUCAGACACACUACUGUCACCAUUAUCAACAAUGCUAUCGAAAAGGCGAAAGUCAAUUGUCACCAAAGCAGCUCGAAAAAAUUCCAGACUUCCUCUAAAAAUGCCCAAGGUUACAGUCAGUGAACUGGCUAUCCCAAAGGUUUCAGACCCAGACACUUCCUCGCCUCAAGCAAAGGAUCGAAGAGGAUCCAGAAUCAUCCCAGCCAUCACAGCAACGUACACAAAAGAGGGGCCUAUCUCAGUGAAAUUAUCCCCCAAACAACCAGCAAGAUUAGAAGUAUCUAAUCUGCUAUGUGUUCGAGAGAGUUCACCAAGAAGACGGUCUGCACCUCCGCACUCAGUCAAUGUCGAGGAGAAGCGAAUCGAAGAAGAUGCUAGGAGACCAAGUAUGCAAGACAGAAAAGUAAUGAUGUUCAAAAAACAAAGGAGAAACACUUUACAGAUUUUGACAACAAGUAUCAGCAAAGUAUUGGAAGUGGAGCUAGAGCCAAACUCAAACAUAUGGGCCCACGGAUGUAACUCUCUGAAGGCUGUCCAACUGAGCAAAAAUUUGCAGCUUGACUUCGGCUUCGGUGUUGAACCUCGUUUUCUGUUCCAGCACCAAACGCCAGAGGCACUUCUCGAGAACUUGCAACGCAGGAUACUGAACAUGCCCCAAAGUGACGAGGAAGAAGUUAGGAAACGGGAAAAAGUUAAGAAACGAGAAAAAAAAGACUGGAAAACACAGAGUCUGGACAGAAAUCUUGCCAGUAGAAGAGGCUCCUGGUUUAAAUUGCGUAACGAAAGACGACAAAUGUCGCUGCCAAAGAUCAUCUGUGAUGACGAUGAUGAUGACGAUGACGAUGACGAUGAUGAUAACGACUCCAUGAUUGCCAGUACUACCAGUAGCAGUAGCAAGUAUAUUCUAGAGUCUGAUGAGGGAAAUGAGGAAGAGACAGAAGUCGCUAUUGUGGGGAUGGCUGGCUCAUUUGCAGGCUGUGACAAUACUCAACAGCUGUGGAACAUGAUACUGAACAAACAAGUUGCAACCACCUCCCACGCAGACCACACCUCACACCACACCUACAACGGAGGAUUCUCAAACGUGACUGGACGAUUCGAUCACCAAUUCUUUGGCCUGUCAGAACGGGAAGCCUCAACCUUUGACCCCCGGCAAUCUAUGCUACUACACACCGUAUGGGAGUGCCUACAAAACAGUGGCUAUGAGCGACCAUUAUCGGACAUCAGACGCUCAGAAUGCGGUGUAUUUGUUGGCAUCUCUCUCGAUUGUGAUGGUUCUGAAGACACACCAGCAACUAGCAUAUCGAGUAGCAUCGCAGCUGCCAAUCGGAUUGCUCGUACAUUUGACCUUGUGGGCCCGACAAUGACCAUCGAUACAUCAUGUGCCUCGUCACUGUCUGCACUCGAUGCUGCUUGCCUCUCUCUAAAAGCUGAGGACUGUACUGCUGCCCUCGUGUGUGGGGGGAACGCUAUGCUCGAUAAACACAGAUUCAAGCUCCUUGAAACAACAAUGGGGAUGCUGGCUCCCGACGAAAAGUGUAAACUAUUUGACAAGACUGCCAAUGGCUAUGUCCGUGGAGAAGGAUCUGGAGCAGUGCUACUCAUGCCCCUCUCAAAGGCUAGGACGGAAUCAAGACGAAUUCUCGCUGUGAUUAAAUCAACCGCCACAAACAACAAUGGUGCUGCUCCCACUGCCUUCAUCUCGGGGAUACAGACCAAGCUCAUCAACAAAGCUCUCGUGAAAUCCAGGAUUGAUCCUUCUAGGAUACGCUAUAUAGAGGCUGGCACUAAACUAGGAGACGCUAGUGAAGGUGAUGCAAUACGAAGAGUAUUUCGACCGAAAGGUGACAAUAGAAGAGUGUGUUUAGGUUCGAUUAAAGCAAAUAUUGGACACCUUGAAUCCGGAGCAGGCAUUGCAGGCCUCAUCAAGACUGUUCUAGUACUCGAACAUGCUCAAGCCCCAGGAAAUCCUUGCCUUCAACAGAUGACCCCGGCCUUUCACCUACCAAAGAACAUCAGCAUUCCAACUGACAACGUUAUUGAGGUAUUUGGAGCUACCGAGAAGGCAUGUGCGAUCGUGAACUGUUUUGGGUUUGGAGGCACCAACGCUACAGCUGUCCUCCAACAGUAUGCAGUACUCCCACACAUGAUCAGAGUGGAGGGUGGUCUCUUGUUCCUGGGGGCAGAGUCAAGCUCACAUGAUUUAUCGGAGAUCUCUAAAACUAUCUCAACACUUGAAGACACAUUCCCAAAGUUUAGACAAGCAAGUCAAGCGUGCAAAGCACUUCUCAAACUCGAUGCGUUGACCAAUCAUAUUGCUGCUUUCCAACUAUUGUAUGGAACUGCUAGUCUUCUUAUGUCUCUAGGAACAAAAUUCAACAUUGCAGGCGGAAUUGGCAUCAUAGGAGAAAUCUUAGCCUUGUCUCUGGCUGGAGCGAUGAAAAUAUGUCAAGCAAUGAACUUUAUCAGGAGCUACAAGUCUGGCAACUACCCAGCAAUCAACAAGAUUCAAAACGCUAUCUCACAGCCUUCAAUAAGUAUAUUCUCGUGUGUCCUGGAGAAAGUUUUCCACCCUGUACAUUACGAAACAGAGCUCAAGAGUGAAAAAUACGCUCGAGCAUUCCUCAACAUGCUGAAAGGGGAAAGUAACAGAAAGAGUACAUUUCUUACCAAGGCACUGGGUAUGAUUGCACGUCAAACCGGUGAUGCUAGACCUUUACUGACCCUUACAAUGAACUGUGCAUCUGAACAAAUGUCCGAGAUUGAGCAAUCUCUACCGGACAAAAACAUUGUGAUGAGUAUGGCCCACAAAGAGUGCCCCCCCAAGAUGAGCGACCCGCAAUACAUCAGAGUAAAGUGCAUGGAGUUGAGAAACCUCAGUGAUGCCCUCCAACUAAAGUCAUGUACUAAGAAGCCAUCAAGAGGACCUGAACACACACUGCCACGAUUUUACGAGAAGUACCCACUACGAGCACUUGUGGACAAAGUGGGGAAAUACAAAUCAAGCACUUAUAGUGACAACACAACCCUGAUCAACGAGUCUGGCUACGUCACACAAACUGCAUCAGCUGAUUCCAUGACAUCACCACCACAGAGAGCACCACCGCCCUCCCCCUCCUCUCUGGGCAUCAAAAUGGGAAUGAGGACUCAGGGGGGACUCACUGACAGUUGUCUCAAGGCUCUAUGGAACCAGAACCCAAACUUCAAAGAGACAGUUGAGGAGAGCAGUGAAGAUCUGAUGGGAAACCAAAAGAAAGAAGUGCUGUCAACCAUUCUCAAACAAGUGGGAAAGGAGCUGGAUGACACGGAGAUCCCCAUCCCCCUAGAGGAGUUGGACGACACGGAGAUCCCUUUAGAGGAGGGGGCAGAGAGUGGGAUAGUGGGUCUGGACUCCAUUAACGUUAUGCAGUUAUCCGAUUUCUUAAAGAAGACAUACAACAUUCAUUUCACCGUCACAGAGCUGACUCAGUUGAAAACAUUGGUAGCAGUAGCUGAAGCUGUUGUUGAACAGAGCUCUGUCUUGAAGAAAAGUAUUUCUACACCAACUAACUGACUUUUAAUUAUUGAUUGUAGAGCCUAUAUAGACUUGAUUGAGUUAUUAUAAUUAUGUCAGUACAUGCU